UUCUUUGUAAAUAUUAUUGUGAUUUAUACGUGUCUUUACCUUAAAGUAAAUUUAAAACAUAAAAUGGUUAACAAUAAAAAUUCAAGGGUAAAAGUGAAGCAAAAAUCGCAGAUGAAAACAAAAUCCAAGCAUAUAUCAUAUAAAAAUCGUCUUGAAGAUCACGCUCAGUUUAAUAUAGAACAACAAAACAAAAAUAGAAAAUUUCAAAAAAUAGAAGAACAAAAGGUGUUACGUUCCCAAAAGGCUUUAGAAAUAGCGGAAGGACGAGCAAAAGAAAGAGCAGAAAAGGAACGAAGGAUAGAGGCGUCUAAAAAGAAGCGCUUAGAAAGGACUAAAAUCUUCAGCAAAAGGACGCGAAAUGGCCAACCUCUGAUGAAGGAUCGUAUGCAGUUGCUGUUAAAACAAAUUCAAGAAAUGAAAAAUUAUGGCUAAAACAAUUUGAACAAACAAGGUUGCGAGAAACUUGAAUACAGUUUUGUUUUAAGGUCUUUUCCGAAAUAAAUAUUUAUUUUAUAUUGUAAACGGUAAAUUCAUCACCUACUUCCUUAAGGUAUUGCAUUACUAACUACCCGUAAUGAUUGCUGGCGCACCAAUAAUUCAUAAAAUUUUCCUUUGGCAGAUCAAAGGUUAUAAAUAGACAAGAACGUCCUUAUGAUAUAAUUUGGUACUACAAAAUGGAACCGAUAUGAACUCAUUUAUUCAUAAUAAGGAUGAGUAGGCAAUCUCUGCCGAUGUGUCUACCGGAUAUCAUGGGUACUAUCGUAGAAAUUUGGUCUUAAACUUUUCUUUCACAUCAGGUUAGCUUCUCGAAAACCGUCUAACGUAGUACACGGGCUUCAUCCAAAAUCAGUAAAACGAUGAUCACUAUCAUUUGUUCUAUGUUUUGGUGUCAAGUUAUUGUUCUUAAAAAAGUUUUUACUAAAAUGAUUGGGUCAGGUUUGACCACCAAUUCAAUCGGAUCAGAUUUAGCGAAGAAUAACAUAUAAAUUUCCCUUAAUGUGUACUUAUGGCCGUUAGUUUGCGCAAUUAAUAGUAAGUUGGAGUCAAAUUGUACAGGAAUAUGAUAUGAGUAUAGGCGAUUCUGCAUAUAAGGUAUUCCGAGUGAGUGAGUGGAUCUUCACUCUAUAUUCUGCAACCAAAUAUCGUACAUAAAGUGAAGGUAGGCUAAUUCGGACGGAGCCUUUGAUUUUGAAUUAUAUUUGGUAAAGCUUGGCAACUACCAACCCUUGGGUAAAAAUGCAGAAAUAACUUCGCUAACGUUUUCGGGAAGAGUUUUGCAAUAUUUCACCGAAAAUCACUUAUCACAUUUUAUACCACCAGUUUAUCUUCUCAUAUCCACUAUCGAAGGGAGGGAUGCACUACUUAUCCCACAACGUUUGCGACACCCAAAAGCGAAGUUCAGCAUGUCAACAUCUGUGUACUGUAUGUGCUAAGCGUUCAACUGACCAUGAACAUGACGAGAUUGCCUUCCCACUUGAGAAAAACAUUGGAAGUAGUUGCACAGGUUGGUAUGGGAAAUGGGCCAAAUCCGUUGGAGGACACGCCCUCAGCACCACAUAAACUAAGAACACCUCUGUUUUUCGAAAAGAAUAAAAAAAAUUGACUUUUGGCCCAUUACUCAUAGCCAAUGUAGCCGACAAAUCUGUGAAAGUGUGAACGUAUUUUGCAUGGGAGACGCUGCAGUACUUGUUCAAAAAUGAGACAAAUCGGCCGCGCCUACCCAAUAUAGUGUAUCGCACUCAAAUUCGUUUCUUAAUGUCUUCCAAACGUGCAGGAGCAACCUUCAAACUCCCGUAACGGUUAGAAAUUCUUGGCCAGUUUCAAAUUCGGAACGCACCUAAGAAUUUCCCUCUGUCCAUGCGUCUGUGUGCUCAAAUAUAUAAUGUGUAGUAUCUGCGCUAAAUAUUCUCCCGUUCGCAAAAAUGAAUAGAUCGACUGCAAAUCUACAAAACAAUUUGAAAAUGGUCCAAACAAAGAAUAAUAUCGUAACACCUAAGUACGAGAUUUCAGAAUUCACCGUUGCGUAGAUA